GUAUCCGGAGGAACGGGUUGCUGGGUGCACUACGCUUGGGAGGCGGACCACAUCUGCUGAGAGCUGAGUCUGCCUUACUGUAGCCAUGCUCUCUGUUUGGAAUUUCCUGAAGCGUCACAAGAGAAAAUUCAUUAUCUUUGGUGCAUUUGCUGGAGGUGUGUACAUUCUUGGAAAGUAUGCCCAAAAGAAAAUCCGUGAAAUCCAGGAGAGAGAAGCUGCUGAAUAUAUUGCACAAACUCGGAGACAGUAUCAUUUUGAGAGCAACCAGAGAACAUGUAACAUGACAGUGCUGUCAAUGCUUCCUGCCCUGAGAGAGGCUUUAAUGCAACAGCUGAAUUCUGAAAGUCUAACCAGUCUGCUAAAAAACAGACCAUUAAACAAAAUAGAAAUAUGGGAAGAUCUAAAGAUUAUUAGUUUUACUAGAAGUAUAGUUGCAGUAUACAGUACAUGCAUGCUUGUUGUGCUCCUGAGAGUUCAGCUAAACAUUAUUGGUGGAUAUAUUUACCUAGAUAAUUCUUCCGUGGCAAAGAAUGACAAUGGACUGCAAGCAUCCCCUGAGGUACAACAACAGUAUCUGUCCAGCAUUCAGCACCUCCUAGGAGAUGGUCUCACUGAACUGAUAACACUUGUGAAGCAGGCAGUCCAGAAGGUGCUUGGCAGUUUAUCUCUAAAGCAGUCUCUUUCACUUAAUGAUUUGGAGCAACAUUUUAAAGAAAUCCGUAGAUUAGUGGAAGAUUGUAACAAGACCUUAGAUCUGGAGGAGCCACAGAGCAAAUCACUCCUAUGUCGUUUCAUGAUGCCAGAUGAAGAGAACCCACUGACCUCUCAGGCAUGUGGUCUAACAGAGAAGGACGUCACCACCAUCCGUCUUCUGAAUGAAACCAGAGACAUGUUGGAGAGUAAAGACUUCAGUACAGUAUUGAACUCAUGCCUGAAUCGAGGUUUUGGAAGGCUUCUUGAUAGCAUCGCAGAGUUCUUUCGACCAUCUGAGCAAGAACUAACGCAAAACAGCUCAAUAAACAGCCUCUCCAGCAUUAGUCUUCCACUGGCCAAAAUUAUCCCUAUAGUUAAUGGACAGAUCCACUCCAUAUGCAGUGAAAUGCCCAGCCACUUUGUCCAGGAUCUCUUACUCAUGCAACAAGUUAAAGACUUUGCUGCCAAUGUAUAUGAAGCUUUUAGCACGCCUCAGCAGCUUGAGAAAUAAUGGUCCAUCACAAAGUCUCCUGAGAGCCCAGAGGGACAUCAAUGUUUACAAACUGUGUAGGACAUUCCUUUUUAAUUCAAGAAAAGUAUGGGGUCUCCUUACGGACCUGAGGAAUGGAUGUAGAUGUGAGUGCUAUACCAGGAAGAAAUGACUAGAAGCACUACAGCAUGAAGCGUCUGCAUUAAACACACCAGGAUGUCAUUUACAGCAAAUGCAUAGGAGACAUCCAAACCUAUCUUUAACUAAUAGUAUGAAAUCUAUUCAUUUUAAAUUUUUGUACAAAAGAUACACUAGGUUUAUAGUCCAAUUCAAAUGAAUGUGGCAUGAAGAUUACAGACAUCUUACAAAAUAUGAGCGGUACUUCAUGGGGUACUCCUGGAAAUUUGUAAAUUACUUCUAUUUAAAAAUCGUAAUCCAUCCAGUACUUAUCAGCUGCUGUAUACUACAGAGGAAGUUCUUUUCUUUUCUCUUUGCUGACACCUCUGUCCAUUUCAGGAACUGUCCAGAGCAAGAGAAAAUCCCCAUAGUAAACCUAUCCUGCUCUGGACAGUUCCUGACAUGGACAGAGGUGUCAGCAGAGAGCACUGUGGUCAGACUGGAAAGAACUACACAACUUCCUGUGGAGCAUACAGCAGAUAAGUACUGGAAGUAUUAAUAUUUUUAAAUUGAAGUAAAUUACAAAUCUGUUUCACUUUCUGGCUCCAGUUGAUUUAAAAAAAUAAAAAAGUUUUCCACCGGAGUACUCCUUUACAGGCCUUAUUAACCCUUGGUUGUUACCAGCAUAUUGCUUAAUUCUAACCAAUUUUAAUAUUGAUAGGUAAAACACAAUUUUAUGAUCCAACAUAAUAGGUUGUAAAUUGUGGAGAGAGCAUCAUAUGACCAUUUUUCUUUUGCACCAUAUCCCUUUUCACUAUUAAAGACAGAACAGAACUACUGACUAAAAAUGGUUAUUACUGCACUGAUGCUGCUUCUGCUGAAUAUUUUGUGUUGUACGUUCUUAUGUUGUAUCCAACGAAAAUCAGGUUUAGCCCUUUAAAGCACUAAAUAUUAUUUUUCACGAAGCUAUGGCUUCAGGCUUUUGAGUCAAACGAUCUCAUCGGAUUUUGGUAGUUUACCGAAAAUUGCAUCUGCAGUAUAUACAAUUGUAACAGAGCUGAAUAUGUCUUUAAACUAUUUCUUUUAUUAUUAAAGGAAUUUUUCAGCUGCAAUUCUUGUUCUAAACUGCUUACACUGUUAGAUAGCAGUUAGGACAAGGACACAUAUGGUACACCCCCUUUGGGAAGGUAUACAGUAUAUACAGCUAUCUAUAGAUAGCUGUAUAUACAGAAGACAUGGUCCACUUACCUCCCUGGCUCCCAUUCCUGCCUGGUCAGUGUAGCUCCGCCCCUAGGUAUGAUGUCAUUAGGGGCAGAGCUACAUACAUCAGCCAGGGUGGUAAGUCUGAGGCUCUUUUCACAUUGGACACAUUGAACAUACCCUUCUGACAUUUUCUUCCCAGACAGGAAGACUCCAGCUGUUGCUAAACUACAACUCUCAGCUUGCCAGGACAGUCCUGGCAUGCUGGGAGUUGUAGUUUAGCAACAAUUGGAGGCUCCCUGUUUGGGAAGACAUUGCAUUAUAGGAGCUUUCCCUAGUGUGGAGUGCCAAAAAUGUACUUAUCAAUAUUUUUCAGAUGUGUAUGAAGAGGAUUAUGGCAGAUUUGUUGGACUUUUGUUUGCGGCUAAGCGUUAGCCCCAAAAGCAGCUAGCGCUAAUCCCUAAAUAUUACCCUGGUACCCACCACUGUAGGGGUACCAGGAAAAGUUGGUAACAGGCCAGGACUGUCAAAAUGGCAUUCCUGGGCCUAGGUGGUAACAGGCUGGCAUUAUUAAGGCUUGGGAGGGCCAGUAACUAUGGUCCUCGCCCA